UCCUGGAGCCUGAAGCUUGUGCUGUUCGUGUACAGAAAACUGGCCUAAUCCAGGAAGCAGCACAGACACAGAGACAGAGAGGGGGGGAAGCAGAGGAAAAACAUACUCAGUGCAAAACGUGACCGAGUGGGAAAAAGAGACCGUGAUAAGAGGAUCAGAGAGCGAGAGAAGACACAGUGAAUCCCGCUGCUGCAGCAUAUGUGAGGGUGAGGGCACUCUGUCGCUCUCUGUCAUCACUCUCUCUCCACGUCUUCUGUGUCGGCGGGGGAGGGAGCAGCAGCCGUCCUGUCCCGGGCCUGGUGGCAUGUCCCAGCAUCCCACAGGAGCUCACGCACCUCCACCACGACCGUGAGAUCUGCGUGGUGUAGCAGGGCAGGCCAAGCCCCUGAAUCCUCAGCGCUCCCUCCCUGGGACACCCAUCAGUCACACACUCAAACACUUCCCCAUCAACCUGCGUACAUCCAUGGACGGAAAGUACAAGGAGAUCGCUGAGGAGCUGUUCACUCGUAGCCUGACGGAGAGUGAGAUGCGCACCGCUCCUUAUGAGUUCCCUGAGGACAGCCCCAUCGAGCAGCUGGAGGAGAGACGCCAACGCCUGGAGAGGCAGAUCAGCCAGGACAUUAAGCUUGAGCCAGAGAUCCUGCUCCGCAUCAAACAGGAGUUCAUGAAAAUUGACAGCGCUGCCGACCUAGAGUUUAUGAAUGAGCUGGGUGGUGUGGACAGGACGGAUGAUGGCUGGAUGAAGGAGAGAGUAUUACCGAUGGAGCGAGAGUACCAGCGUGUCUCAAUAUCAGGGGAGGAGAAGUGUGGGGUGCCCUUCACAGACCUGGUGGAUGCAGCUAAAUGUGUGGUAAAGGCCCUGUUCAUCAGGGAGAAGUACAUUGCUCUGUCCAUUCAGAACUUCUGUAAGACCACUGCCCGCGAGCUGGGAGAGCUGGGAGAGAAGCCCCUGGACCUACGCAUCUAUGAGGAGAUCCCUGAGACCCCCGUUGAUGCAGAUGCUCCAGUCCACCCCCCUGUCUCAGAGACUCACCCCUAUGAAAACCAGGACACCAAGAACAUGCCUGCAGACACAGGGUACAGCUGUAAGAUGGUGGAUGGGGUCAUGCAUGUCUACACCAAGAAGAGCCCCAUGGAGAAGAGUACAGAGUUGGACCUGCCUUACCCAGACCUGAAGGAGUACAUCGCUGACAUGAAUGUCAUGAUGGCUCUCAUCAUUAACGGACCAGUAAAGUCGUUCUGCUACCGCCGGCUGCAAUACCUGAGCUCUAAGUUCCAGAUGCACAUCCUGCUGAACGAGAUGAAGGAGCUGGCAGCCCAGAAGAAGGUUCCUCACCGCGACUUCUACAACAUCCGCAAGGUGGACACCCACAUCCAUGCCUCAUCUUGUAUGAACCAGAAGCACCUGCUGCGCUUUAUCAAACGAGCCAUGAAGAAGUACCCUGGGGAGAUAGUCCACAUGGAGCACGGGAGGGGACAGACCCUCAUGGAGGUGUUUGAGAGCAUGAACCUGACUGCCUUUGACCUGAGUGUGGACACACUGGACAUGCACGCGGACCGCAACACGUUCCAUCGCUUCGACAAGUUCAAUGCCAAAUACAACCCCAUCGGAGAAUCCAUCCUGAGAGAGAUCUUCAUCAAGACAGACAACCACAUCGAGGGCAAAUACUUUGGCCACAUGAUCAAGGAGGUGAUGGCUGACCUAGAGGAGAGUAAGUACCAGAAUGUGGAGCUGCGUCUGUCCAUCUACGGCCGCUCCCGGGACGAGUGGGACAAGCUGGCCCAGUGGGCCGUCAAACACCAAGUCUACUCUGACAACGUGCGCUGGCUCAUCCAAGUGCCCCGCCUUUUUGAUGUGUACCGCACCAAGAAGCAGCUGGCUAACUUCCAGGAGAUGAUGGAGAACAUCUUCAUGCCACUGUUUGAGGUCACCAUUAACCCCCGCAGCCACCCUGAGCUGCAUCUCUUCCUCCAGCAUGUGGUGGGCUUUGACAGUGUGGAUGACGAGUCCAAGCCGGAGCACCACAUCUUCAACAUGGACAGCCCCCUGCCAGCCGACUGGACAGAGGAGGACAACCCUCCCUACUCCUACUACCUCUACUACACCUAUGCCAAUAUGGCCGUGCUCAACCACCUGCGCAGGAGGCGUGGCUUCCACACGUUUGUGCUGCGCCCUCACUGCGGGGAGGCGGGGCCUGUCCACCACCUGGUGUCGGGUUUCAUGCUUUCAGAGAACAUCUCCCACGGGCUGCUGCUCAGGAAGGCACCAGUGCUGCAGUACCUGUACUACCUGGCUCAGAUUGGCAUUGCCAUGUCCCCCCUGAGCAACAACAGCCUGUUCCUCAGCUACCACCGCAACCCCCUGCCUGAGUAUCUGUCCAGAGGCCUCAUGGUCUCUCUGUCCACUGACGACCCCCUACAGUUCCACUUCACCAAGGAGCCUCUGAUGGAGGAGUACAGCAUCGCCACACAGGUGUGGAAGCUCAGCUCCUGUGACAUGUGUGAGCUGGCCAGGAACAGCGUCCUUAUGAGCGGCUUCUCCCACAAGGCAAAGAGCUACUGGCUUGGGCCCAAAUACAGCAAAGAGGGCCCGGAGAGCAACGACAUCCGUCGCACCAACGUCCCGGACAUCCGCGUGGCAUACCGCAGUGAGACCCUGCUGGAGGAGCUCAACCUCAUCACCCACGCUGUGCGCACCAAGGAGCUGGACAACAUCGACGAGGAGGACACCCUCUCCAUGGCUCCCAUCGGGGCAGAAGGACGCUAAUCAACAACUCCUCUCUAUUGCUCCCUGGAUAGGUUUUAUUUCAUAUUGGAGGAGAUUUUCUGAUCUUCGAUCUGUUCCUGGGUCACUUCCUCUGUCACUUUUAUCCACUGACCCUCCAUACAUUCACACCCCAAGUGAUUUCCUUUGUCAUGUGACCCUGCAUGGGAAGGAAGAUUCCACACUUUGCCUGUGAUUUAAUGACAUGUUUGUACCCAUCACUGAUAUCACACACACACACACACUUAUUGCAGUUUUCCUGUCCUAAAAGCUGCUUAUCUUCCAUCACACAGUGAUGCUGCUUUAACCUUAACAUCUAGUGUAAUAUUAACAUCUAGUGUAAUAUUAACACCUAGUGUAAUAUUAACAUCUAGUGUAAUAUUAUCAUCUAGACAUCUAGUGUAAUAUUAACAUCUAGUGUAAUAUUAACAUCUAGUGUAAUAUUAUCAUCUUGUGUAAUAUUAUCAUCUAGUGUAUUAUUAACAUCUAGUGUAAUAUUAACAUCUAGUGUAAUAUUAUCAUCUCGUGUAAUAUUAUCAUCUAGUGUAAUAUUAACAUCUAGUGUAAUAUUAACAUCUAGUGUAAUAUUAUCAUCUCGUGUAGUAUUAACAUCUAGUGUAAUAUUAUCAUCUAGUGUAAUAUUAUCAUCUCGUGUAAUAUUAUCAUCUAGUGUAAUAUUAACAUCUAGUGUAAUAUUAUCAUCUCGUGUAGUAUUAACAUCUAGUGUAAUAUUAACAUCUAGUGUAGUAUUAACAUCUAGUGUAGUAUUAACAUCUAGUGUAAUAUUAACAUCUAGUGUAAUAUUAUCAUCUCGUGUAAUAUUAACAUCUGGUGUAGUAUUAACAUCUAGUGUAGUAUUAACAUCUAGUGUAAUAUUAACAUCUAGUGUAAUAUUAACAUCUAGUGCAAUAUUUUCAUAAUGGUUAUAACCUUUGAAGUAGGAAAACAGAUACAACUUAGCAGCAAUAUUAUGAGUGUAUUAUCCAUGGGUCAUCUUACCUCACUAUACAAUGCAUAGGUUCCACACUACAUUGUUCCAACAACACCUGUUCCGCACUGAGAGGAACAGUCGCAUGUAACUUAGAGAUGCAUGGAAACCAUGGUAACACUUUUCUAAAGUACGGACGUACUGAGUUUAAAAAACAAACAAAGGACCAAAUCUGCGUGGUCUAGAAACAGAAGUUGUGCACAAUUCCAGUUUGUGUGUGCUGCUGGGUAUCUGCUGGCUUUCAUCUGUUUCUGGCUUCAGGAAGUUUCUAGUGCUUUAAUAGCUAAAGGAGUCCUCUCAGCUAGUCUCCGUGAUCUAAAUCAGCUCUAACUAAAAAGCAAGCAGGACAUCCAGCAGAGACACUGCAGCAGCCCUCAGGACAUGGAGCUGUGCUGUGACUGUGGUCUACUGCAAACAUUCCAUUCAAUUAACUUUAAGAUCGAUGUUAUUUUCACAUUAGUUAUAGAAUAUGCAGCCAAAAAGAGUAGAUGUAUACUAUUCCAGUACAGAUGCAUGAUGUGUACAGGAUAUAUAUAUAUCUGUCUGUGGUAGAGUGGAUGCUGAGAGAUGUGAAUGAUGGAGCCAAUCAACCACAACUUGUUUUCCAAGCACAAGUAAAAAAGAAUGAAUACAGCAUCUCCCCCUCCCCCCCUACCAUUACCGCAACAGUCUCAAUGUUCUUGGAUAUGGAUCCUCCAAACCCCAUUGCGUGUGUAUAUCCAACUCCCACCCCUCACACACCUCUUGGCCCUCUAAAGAGACCAGGACAGACCCCAGGGACUGGUCUCUGGACCCACUAUGUCAGUUAUUAGUUAAUUGUAUGCAGUGCCCUGUAUGCUCCAUACCAGACUUACCAGUGCCUUUUGAUUUUAGGCACUAGCUAGCCUGUCACAGUCCAAGCUGUUCUCAUGUUCUGCUGCAACGCCUCAGUCCUCAUCACCAACAACAACAACCGCAGCAUCUGUUCUCUUCAUGCAUUAGCAUUUUUGCUGAACUAACAUCAAGAUGAUGCCAUUGGGACUGAAACCAUGCAGCAUGUUAAAGUACCUUCUCCCUUACCUACCCAGACCUUCCAGUGAAAUGGAAGAAACCGUUUUACCAAUGCUCUGCUUUGGCUGCAUUUCCACCGUGCAUCUUAUGUUGUGAAUGCCUGCAUGGAGCCCUGCAACAGGAGUGGCUGAAAAGCUGUUUAAAGUGUGAUGUAACGUGAAAAAGCAACACAUGAGAAUCCAAGUAAGCUGAAUGACUGUCAUGUAUGAAGUAUGUGUGCAGUCAAUGAUUGUUGUUAGUUUGAGUUCUGCAAAACAAACUCAUUCAGCUUGUCAUCCCUAUGGUCAUCGGGAACAAAUAAGCUCAUCCCCACCACCAUGGUUGUCAUGGUCACCAAAUCAAGUACACACCUAUCCCCAUUAUUUUGCCCAAAGACAAAGAGCCUCUUCUAUGCCCGAUUAAAACUGUGGGCAUUCAUCUUGGAUAUUGUUAUAACUGUUCUAAUUGUACACUCCCAUUAGAUGCCAAGACUGUUCCAGUGGAAUAAGUGGGCCCAAGUUGUAAAUGUUCACCAUGCAUUGCAUACCAUAUCUACCAGGCCAUUUUAAAAACUUAAGAUCGAAGCGUGAUAUAUACAGGAAGGCCUAGAUUCAAGCAGAUCAAGUGUUAACUGGCGACAGCCGACACCCACAUAGCUGAUGUUUUGGCAUCAGAAGUGGAACUGCGUUGGAGCUGUCAAAUCGGAGAGCAGCUGCUCUUUAUCAUUGUCACGAAGCCACACCCGUCCCACUCUCGUUAAGUUCAGAACGAGAAAGUGUAGUCUAUAUAGAAAUAAUGACGCACAAAUAGAAAAUCAUCAUCACGGUGUAGAUUACAUCUCACAUUCCAGUGUUCUAACUUAUAAACAAGGCUGCAUGGGAUUUCUCUUAAUGUGACUCCGUGCAGCCAAUGGCAAUGUCCGCUUUAGCAAUAAUGCCAAGAGCCGCUUGUGGAUUUGACAGCUCUAACGCAGUUCCGACACCGGUCAAACAACAGCUAUGCGGAUGUCGGCUAAAGCGGAUCUGAUUGAAUAGACCCUAAAUAUUUGAGAAACCAGAUAUUUUAGGAGAAAUUGUAUGCAUUAAUCUCAAUCCUUGGAUGCUGAUCUGUAGCGCCUCAACAGUGAGGUGUUUCACUGUGAAGGGGUGGCAUGUGUUGGACAUAGGGUGAGCCUCAGAGUUGAAUUUAAUAUAUAAAGUGUAUUUUUCUUAAAGGCUAUAGAGAUAAACUGUUUAUAUAAAGAGUAUAUCAAUAUUUAGAUUGCAAACAUUGUUUUGUUGCUGUAGAUCAUUAUAAACUGGGGUUAUUAAAGCUGAAAGAUUUAUUUUGUUAUCAUAAUUAUUUGCCUUGACUUUCACAGAAUUUUACAAUUGGACUUUUAGCCAAAGUGACUUACAUUUGACAUAUGUGUGGUCACAGGAAUCAGACCCACUACCUUGGCCUUACAAGCGCCAUUCUCUACCAACUGAGCUACAAAGAAUCAUGUAUAUUCUUUUCUUAUUUGAUAUUUUCAUUGUUUGUUUUUCUGGUUGAUUGUUGUGUUAGGACUGUUGAACUCGGUUUAAUUUAGCAUGUAGCUCUCUCUCAAUAGAGUAUCGAGUGAAGGUGAUCAAGUUAACCAGGGUAAUUUGGAAGGGUCUUCAGAAAUGGUAGUACCAAGAGCCAUAUUGGGUAUCCAUCCCUGCCAUGUAUCUCAACCAGAGCUGCCUAUGUAAUCUGGCUAUACACCCACUCAGACAUUGUAAUCCUUCCCACAAACAUACAGCCAUAGACUGGACCGUUGUUACUCUUUGAUUGAUACAAACAAGGCUUUUAAAACAGCAACAACCAUUUACUAUAGCUUUUGAUUUGAUUCUUUAAAAUAGUAUUUUGCAGGGAAUUAGAGGAUGCAUGUAUAAUUUAAGGGUUUAUGUCUCCGUGUGUAGAGUAGGAUGUGUGUAAUUGUUGAUAAAGGAUCAGACAUCCAUUUUCUGGUCCAGGUAUGGCUCACUAAGGGACUCAACGACACAGUUUCCAGUUCAGUUGACCUUACCUUUUCAUUUCCAUCCAUCCAUUAAAGAUUGUCCAUCAGAGUUCAUAUAUCUGUUCUGUCAAACCUCACCAACUCCUGUUGUUUGUCUCAAUCUGUACAAUCAGUUUAGUUAUUUUGUUUGUUUAUAAAAUACAAUGCUAGGGAACCUAUUGGUUCUACUGUAGCAUACCAUAACUCUGAGACCAUACGUUGUAUUCUCAAACUUCACUAAAGACAGACAUAUGUAAUUCUGUCCCAAUCGAAAGAGCACACAAAGUUCAAUGCCAUUUUGAGUCCAAAAUGCUGUUCUCUUGCAACGGGUUUCAGUAGUGCAAAGAGUCUUGGGUAAUAGUAAUAGACACUAUGUUGUCAUCACAGAACACAAACCAGUUAAUCAGUCAAUCAUCACACUGCGAGUUUAGUUCUUUGUUCAAUUGAUUUUCUCAUUGAAGAAUUGCCUAUAGUAUUCUUUACACUUCAUAAUGUUGAAUUCAAACAAUUAGAUUUUCACUUGUGAUUAUUUUGUGCUCAAUUCAUGUUUUCCUUAUUAGACAUUUUCAUGUUUUUACAUGAAAGGUUCUCUGCACGUUUUUUAUAUUGACAUGGUUUUCAGGGCUCUGUUCAAUCUGUGUUGCUGAAGUGUUACAGAUUGCGCGAUAGCAAUUUAAAGGUCAUAUCUGAUUGAGCUGACAUAUGCAGUGUUUACUGUAAAUGCAGUCUCCGCUUACGCAGGAACAUUACCUUUACAUUUCAAUCACGCUGUAACGCUGAACUUCUGCAACGUGGAUUGAAUAGAGCCCUUAGUGUAUUGUAGUCACUAUCAUGGCUUUAAAUUAAUUCCAAUGUUUUACAGACUAUGGAAUAAUGUCUGAUGAUUGAAAUAAAGCAUGUUUAUUCAUCUAA